CAAAAUCAUUCGUUUCCCAACCGCUGCCAAAGCUGCAUCGUACGCUCGCUACCAGCUGUUCUGCGAGCAUGCUCUAUGUUUACGCGCUUCAAAACAUUUGAACAGGUUUGACAGUCACAGACCAAAACAACACCAAAAAACAUUGUGACUUUUUACUUGAGUGAUAUAUUAGUGCUACAAAAGAAAGUAGUUUUUGUAUUUGUAUCGCCUUUUUUGAAAACGACUUUUCCCUCGAAGUGAAUGUGUUUUCGCCUUUUAAGACGCUAAGUGAAAAUCGGUAACAUGGUUUGUGGAUAUUGUUGCAAUGAAGAUGGACGGUUUAGUUGUUGACAUUUUUUUGUGAUUCGGAAUAAUGUUAAUUGCUACGCCGUACAGGGAUUUUGACGUGAGUGAUAAGAGCCCUCCGAGGGUAAUCUCGGAGGUCAGGAAGAGCUGUGGCAGCUAUUAUUUUUCACCAACAAACUUCAGGGUUAAAAUAUCAGGCGAUUUACUUUUGAAGUUUGGAAACGAUAGAAACUGGUGGCCGAGGAAGGUGUCAGUCAGAUGUGGUCAGUUGUUGGUAUCGUCGUCAUGUGCCCAAGGACCAUUAUCCUUAAGAUUACCACUACGACAUCUCAGUCUACAAGCUGGUCCUCUACCCAACAGCCUUUCGCUGUGCAAAGGCCAGACUAAAGUCUUAACUCUACAGACUGCAGAUGAAAAAUCCUUCGGCGAAUGGGUGAAAACAAUCGCAAUCGAACUCAUCCGCCAAACACCUCUGGAUGCCAUAAAGUACCUAGACAUCCUCACAAUAGCCGAUUGCUGGAACAGGAGAGAGCCCACCUACGAAAAAGACUGGAACUUCAACUACACCCCCCAAAAGAGCCAACAACCACCUCCCGAAACGACGUGUAAAAGUUGCGAACAAAACCAAAAAUCCCCACCCCCAACCCCCCCGAAAUCCGUCUCUUCAGAAGUCGAAGAGAAGUACGUGGAAGACCUCCUCAAGAAAUGUCAAGACACUCAGAGCUACGUACCCGUCAAAGAAAAACUGUUUUUGUUUGAAUCUCUGUGUAAAUUACGACGAAAAGUCCGUAGCACUGAAGAUGUUUCUCUAAAGCCCGAAACUAGUACGAAACGAGCGAGGUCCUUACACGAUUUGAGUAAUAUUAGCUCCCACAAUGCCGUAAGGGAGAUUUGUAAGUAUUUCGAAAAUAAGACCAACGAUAAUCCUCCAGUGUACGUAAAUACUGGACGAUUGGUCAAUUCAGAUUCUUAUUUGAACGAUUUGUAUAAAGUACGUAAAGUGUACACCACAUAAAUGUUAAUUUUUCGAUAUUAUUGACACUCUGUAUUAAUUAAAACUAUUAUAUGUUUUAAAGUGUUUAUUUAUUGAUGUAUAUAAAAUAAAUUUUUAACUAAAUGUUACAGAAUUUUAAUAAAUUGAUAUUUUUAUCUGA